UCCAAUAAAUAGACUAGCCAGGAUUCGAGGAGUCACAGUUGUUUGGAUACGAAACAAGCAGCACUAUAAACACCACUACAAUGGCUCUCAUCAACUACGCAUACAUCCUGGUUGUAUUCCUGGUCGCCGACUCCAUGCAGGCGAGCUUCUUGCCAUGCCCUGGCAAACCCGUACCCCAGAGCGUCACCAUUACCGGAUGCACUUCUCUUCCUUGCAACUUCAAGAGGGGUACCGAUGUUGAAGCGCGCAUCACCUUCAAAGCCGCUCAGAACAGCAAAACCCUGAAACCCGACGUAGAUGUUGAGCUGGACAAAAUCCACAUGAAAUACCCAUUGCCCCAACAAAACGCCUGUCGGGAUCUUGACAAGUCUGAAUGCCCAUUGAACAAGGGAGAUACAGCCACCUACAAACUCAAAAUGCCUAUUGAGAGAUCCUACCCAAAGGUUUCUCUGACUAUCCAAUUAAAUUUGGUUGGCGAACACUCCGAAUCGCAAGCGUGCAUCAGGAUCCCAUCCAAGGUUGUCGACUAGGCUGUACGAAGAACUAACGAUUGCGUGGCUUGACGAAAUGAUUACUAUUUUAUAAAUUAUUACACUAUGCAUUAAACUUAAUUUAAUCGUUAAA